UCUUAUUUCCGCCAAAUCGUCAUAUCCAUUCGUGUCUGUUAUACUACACGCCAUUUUUUAACUAACUUGCAAAAUAAUGCUCCAGUGUGUUUUAUGAUUAAAUUCGUUUUUUCAGCUGUUUCUUUUUACAGUAAAAGUUUAUAAUAUUGUAUUGUAUUUGUUCAUUGUUUCGUCGUGAAAAUAUCAAAAGAACAGAAAAUGGGUGAAGAUUACAAUGGAGAUCGGGAAAGGGAUAAAGACAGAGAUCGCGAUAGGGAUCGAGACAGACGGCACAGAUCACGGAGCAGAGAACGUAGAAAGCGUUCACCACGAUCACGUUCUAAAGAGCGUCGAGAACGUAAAAGAAGUAGUUCGCCAAAAAAGAAUCGUAGCUCUAGGAGAAGAAAACAGUCUCUUUACUGGGAUGUUCCUCCACCAGGAUUCGAACACAUUACUCCUUUACAGUACAAAGCAAUGCAGGCAGCAGGACAAAUUCCGGCUAAUAUUGUAGCAGAUACUCCACAAGCUGCAGUGCCGGUAGUUGGAAGUACAAUAACACGUCAAGCAAGGCGACUUUAUGUUGGAAACAUUCCAUUUGGUGUGACGGAAGAAGAAAUGAUGGAAUUUUUCAAUCAACAAAUGCACCUUUCGGGUUUGGCACAAGCUGCUGGAAACCCAGUCCUUGCAUGUCAAAUAAAUCUUGACAAGAAUUUUGCUUUCUUAGAAUUCCGAUCUAUAGACGAGACGACACAAGCAAUGGCGUUCGAUGGAAUCAACUUCAAGGGUCAAAGUUUAAAAAUUAGAAGGCCCCACGAUUACCAGCCAAUGCCCGGAAUGACUGACAAUCCAAGCAUGAAUGUCCCAGAUUCACCCCAUAAAAUCUUCAUUGGUGGGUUGCCAAACUACUUGAACGAAGAACAGAAUAUACAGGUGAAAGAGCUGUUGAUGAGUUUUGGUCAAUUGCGGGCGUUCAAUUUGGUAAAGGAUUCAGCGACCGGGCUUUCCAAAGGUUAUGCUUUCUGCGAAUACGUUGAUGUUUCAAUGACUGAUCAGGCAAUUGCUGGACUAAAUGGAAUGCAGCUUGGUGACAAGAAACUUAUCGUUCAACGGGCCAGUGUUGGAGCCAAAAAUCCAAUGAUUGGAGCCCAAGCUCCGGUACAAAUUCAAGUUCCUGGCCUCACAAUGGCUGGCACUAGUGGUCCUCCCACUGAGGUUUUAUGUUUACUUAAUAUGGUUACACCUGAGGAAUUAAUGGAGGAAGAAGAAUACGAGGACAUUCUCGAAGAUAUUAAGGAAGAGUGCAACAAAUACGGAGUUGUGCGAUCAGUUGAAAUUCCAAGGCCAAUUGAAGGUGUUGAUGUUCCUGGGUGUGGAAAGGUCUUUGUUGAAUUCAACAGUGUGAUUGAUUGCCAGAAGGCACAGCAGACAUUGACAGGAAGAAAAUUCAAUAACCGAGUAGUUGUCACGUCUUACUUUGAUCCUGAUAAGUAUCAUCGCAGAGAAUUUUAAAUUAUAUAAUUUUCCCUUUUUCAUCACUUUAUAAUUCAUUAACUAUAUAUAUAAUAUACGAGUGGAUGUUUUUAAAUUGCUUUGUUCAUUAAGCAUCCACGAUAUACGUGAUAAUCUGAUUUAAUCACGUGAAAAAAAAGAAGAAAGAAUAAAAACCAAUGAAUUUUAUACGUCGUAUGUAAACAUGAAUAUCAUCAAUGUUCAGUGAUAAAAUGUUAAAUCAAAAAAACAACAAAUUGUAAUUCGAAUAUUAAAAAAGCAGCAAAUAUCUGUUUUAGAACGUAUGUAAAACAUAUUUCAAGCUAAUAAUCCAUUUUGAUUUUUACUUUUUAAUCUGUACGAUUAGACAGAAUUUCAUUCUCUUUUUUCUGAAAUUUGAAUAUAGUGAGUCAAUUUGAAAGAAAACGUCAUUUGUUUAUAGAAAUAGAAAGAACCGAGUCUGUAUUCUUGGCUUUGUACAAUUUGAUUAUUUUACAUAAUUUAUAAUGAUUAUAGUAAUAAUAAUGACAUUUCGUGUGAAUAA